AUGCAGUCCAUUGAGCACCACCCAAAGCUGUUCAAAUCUUUUUCAUUUAUGAUUUACACCAAAAAGAAAAACUACUUCAACUAAAUAAAUACUACUACUUUUCAUCCCCCCAAAAAGAAAAUCUACUCAUCUUUCCUUACAUAAGAAAAAGAAAGAAAGAAAGAAAGAAAACCAGUUGAAGAAACAUGAAGUCUGCUUAUGGGGUCCCUCUCUGUCUCCUCUUUCUGUUCUUUUCAUCUUGUUUCUUCAAUUACAAUGAGGCUACGACUAUGGGUCAAGUAAAUGGGUCAUCUGAAAUGGUUCCAAUUAUGGAAGAAAAGAUGGUGAAGAUGAUGAUGUUGUUUAAUGAAAGCAAAAGGAAUUUAAGGAGAUUUCAGAUAUGUGCGGUUUGUACUUGUUGUGGUGGAGCUAGAGGUGUUUGUUUGCCAUCUCCUUGCUGCUAUGCUAUCAAUUGCAACAUUCCAAACAGACCUUUUGGUUUCUGCUCUUUCACUCCCAAGACCUGUAAUUGCUUUGGCUGCCAUCUCUAAAUUCUUUCUGUUAGCUAUCUCCGGUGGGAUUUGUUCAUUUUUUUCCAAGAUAUAUGCUAAGCACUGUUUUAUUAUUUCUUUUUUUCAAAGAUUUGUGAUAAAAUAUUGCAUGUUUUAAUAAUGAGAAUAUUAUUUAUGGUAUAAA